AUGUUUGGCGGCGCCAGCUCGCAUCAGCAGACACCGGAAUCUUCUACCACCCAGCACACGCCCGUACGACCCUCACCUUCACCCAGCGCAAAUGCGCCGCGUGUAGGGGCUCCGUCUGCUGAUGUUCCCAUGGCCGAUUCGGGAGCCCCGCAGUCGAGCUCGACACCAAGCCAGCGAUCACAGCAGCACAACAGCUCCCACCCAAGUGCCAGCACAGGCUCCGCAUCGUCAGCAGCCCAGGCUCCGGCCAGUCCCUGCUUCCGUCCGCACUCACAGCAACCCACGCCCUCUGGCUCAAACCCCGCCUCGGGCGCCUUCACAAACACAAGAGCCAUACCGUCAACAGGUCCAGCUCCCGUCCAGCCCUCGCCGGCCCAGUCUCUGCGCUCGCCUGCACCAUCGCCCAACCGCAUCAAGGUCAAGAGCCUCUCCCAUAUCCAAAGCUUUGCUCUAGACGACUCUAGUCCCUUCUCCCAGUCGCGGUCGCUGGCGCGGCGGAACCGACGAGACCCGGCAGAUGUCGGCCCUCAGUACGAGAUCAGUGAGAUGCCCGUCUCCGACAUUAUCGAAAUGGUGGCGGGCUUGUUGACCAAAAUCACAACAACAAACGACCGCCAACACGACCACCUGCAUCGUCAAAUCCCACCUCCAGAAGGCACAUCAGGGCUCAGCCAGCAAACCACCAGUGUUCUUGCCUUCCAUGGAAAGAACGUGCCCAGUAUCUCCAUCCUCAGCUACCUUAGCAGAAUCCACAAAUACUGCCCCACCACUUACGAAGUCUUUCUAAGUUUGCUUGUCUACUUUGACAGAAUGACCGAGAGGGUAAAUGCCGGCCCAAUGUCUGGUCUUCGUAAGGCUAACCAACAGUCUGUGGAACGUUCGAGAUCUGCCCUAUCAGCAACCCCAACCAGUACAGAUGGUGUACAGUCUGAAUCUGCUUCGGCUCAAGCCGCUACGCCUCCCCCUUCAGGAUCUCUGGGCAAGGUAGCCGGUACUCCAGCUGAAGGUCCUCAGCCACUCUCUCCUCCCCAGCAAGAUUUACACGCAGAUACUGCGUUAAACCUCUCCCAUUUUUUUGUGGUUGACAGUUUUAACAUUCAUCGUCUUGUCAUUGCUGGUGUGACGUGUGCAAGCAAGUUCUUCUCUGACGUGUUCUACACAAACUCAAGAUAUGCAAAGGUUGGUGGUCUGCCAUUGGUUGAAUUGAAUCACCUGGAGCUGCAAUUUCUGCUCUUGAACGACUUCCGCCUUGCUGUUCCCUUGGAGGAGAUGGAGGCCUAUGGAACUAUGCUUGUGGAGUUUUAUGCACGUGAAGUGGCCGAGCAACACGAGAAAGAGCAAAGUGCCAAACAUCAAUAG